AUGACGUCUAGUCAUACCCCAAACAUGGCAGCCGCUUCGUUCGCCCAGAGACGCUCGACGAAUUCUCAGCAAUCAAAUUCCGUCCCUUCCACGCCGCACCAACAUCCGCGAGACCUUCGCUUCCGUUCGCGAUCGCCGUCUCCCAGCAAGACGCUAGGCCACAAUACUCCUCACCACGCUGCUCCUGGAGCCACCGGUACUCCGACCGCAGCGAAGCCGACACAAGAGUUUUGUAAAUUCGAGACUGGCCCUGAGUUCAGAACACGACGAAUCCCCUACCUCGAUGGUGGCGAUGUUCCUUUACCGCCGCCAACAGAAGAGCCCAAGGUGGCUCUCGAACCAGAGCAGGACGAAAGGCUCAGUGGCGAUAUGAGAGAACUCUACGACCGAUUACUACCGACAGAAGAGAGCGAAGAAAGAAGACGGAAACUCGUCCAGAAACUAGAGGACAUUUUGAAUGGAGAAUGGCCCGGCAAUGAGAUCAGAGUCAAUGUGUUUGGGUCUUCGGGCAACCUGCUCAGCUCGAACGACUCUGACGGUGCGUACUCUCAUGCCCGGCUCUUCCUAGCCUCCCCUUUGCGUACGCUGAUCGUUUCUCGCANNGUUGAUGUUUGUGUAACGACACCCUUGAAAGCGCUCGAGUCCAUGCACACCUUGGCUACCGUUCUUCACCGACAUGGCAUGCAAAAUGUUAUCUGCAGAGCAGGAGCAAAGGUUCCAAUCGUCAAAGUGUGGGACCCGGAAUUGCAACUGGCGUGCGAUCUGAACGUCAACAACCCACUGGCUCUCGAGAAUACGCGCAUGAUUAAGACAUAUGUCCAGAUCGACGAGCGAGUACGGCCGCUUGCCAAGAUAAUAAAGUACUGGACGAAAAGGAGAAUAUUGAAUGAUGCUGCCUUUGGAGGCACUAUCAGUUCCUACACAUGGAUAUGCAUGGUCCUCAAUUUCUUGCAGACCCGUAAUCCGCCCAUCCUCCCGUCUCUCCAGAAGAUGUCCAGUUCCCGCUCCAUCCAAGUCAACGGCCAGACUGCAGCAUUCGCCGAUGAUCUAGAAGAGUUGCGCGGGUUUGGAAAAGACAAUCAUGAAAGCUUGGGACAGCUUAUCUUUCACUUCUUUCGAUAUUAUGGCUAUGCCUUCGACUAUGCAGAGCAUGUGGUGUCAGUCAAAGAAGGAAAGCCAAUUCCGCGCAAAGAGAAGGGAUGGGACCCAAGCAACCACCAAGAGAAGGAGGCGCACAACCGGCUAUGCGUCGAGGAACCCUUCAACACCCAACGAAACCUCGGAAAUUCUGCCGACAACUACGCUUUCACUGGUAUACACAAGGAGAUACGAAGAGCUUUUGACUUGAUCAAGGACGGCUCUGGUCUUGAAGACUGUUGCGCUCAGUUCGAGUGGCCUGUCGUCGAGAAGAACAUAUUCCAAAGGCCGACACCGAAGCCUAAACCUAUUCUCACACGAAGCGCUUCUCAGUCUGGUCGGCCCAACAAUGGGAACAGCCAAGGGCGAGGAAAUGGGAAUGGCGCAAGGAACAACCGUAAUUCAUCUAACCAGCGGACUAACGGCCGUAGAUCAUCGAGUGGAACAGCCUACGGCAACCAAAGGAUGCCAUAUGUCAUGAGCCCGCCGGUCGGGAUCAACCCUGCAGAUUACUUCUCAUCCACGGCCAUCUCGACUGACCAGCUGCACAAUCAGCUCUACAAGCAAUAUCGCUUCUUGCAAGCCCAACAAGAAGCACUGAGAAACCAGCUCUUGCAACAACAGCAAACACAGGUUCAAUUGCAACAGGUUCAAGCCCAGGCGCAAGCUCGUGGUGUCGAUCUGGGUACUUCACCUCGUUCGCGACAGUUUGCCAAUAACGCUCCAAGCCCGCAUAGUCCAAGGACCUUCGAGCACUCUCCCACAGCACCACCACUUUUGCCUGGCUACCUCUAUCAUUAUCCGGCAAGAUACCCUCCGCCGUCACCUUUGUCUCAGUCAAGGAAUACUGAGGACACCAUUAUUGGUUCUUCUUCCCCCUCGCUGCAGAGCGCAGCCNCUAAUCUGCGGAGGGGCGCACAUCGCGGUUCUAUCAACGAAGGCACGCCUAAUGCUUCAGCUCGCUCGCAAUCUCAGCCCGGGCGUUCAUUCCCUAACCCUUUGACUCUUCAGGGUCUUGCUCAUCCAGGUUACGAUGUGUCUGGGGCCAUCGCCACCUCGUACAUGCUGCCACGGUCAGUGCAGCAAUUUGCUCAGAUGCAGCCAAAUGGCUCAGUAAGACAAGCCAAUGGUGGCUUCUCUACUGAGACCGCCAUGCCUAAGGAAUAUGUCGGGUACUACGUCGGGCAGUCUCCUCAACUUGUUCCCCAGUUUCAGACUGGCAACUUGGUACAGGUUCCACAGCUAAGAGACAUUGCUCCACCAUCGGACAGACGCAUAUCUCCUGAGCUUGGAAUCCAUAUCCCUGACGGCAUGCGACAUCAGUCUCGUUCACCUUCGCCAUUUGACGGCGGUCGUCGGCACUCAAGCUCGGCAUCUGCUCAUCCUAUCACAGGUUCUCAAAUUUUCCCCCAACAGCCUCUACAGUCUGUGCCGAUCCAGCCCAGGCCCAGCGACAACCAGGGACCUGUUAUCGUCAACGGGUCCAACAUGGCAAGUACGAGACAACGACAGCCUUCUGUGACGAUAGCCUCGACUCCAUUAGUCCAGAAGGAUAGUGAACCGACUCCCGAUCUUGUUCCAAUUGAGCAGAUACAGCAGAUGUCUUUGGAUGCAUCUAUGUUCCAUACCAACGGUCAGCAGCAUGACAUGGGUGAGGCCGCUCCUAGGCACUUCAUUCAUCGCACGAACGGACACACAGUUGAGCCUUCGCUGCCGGCUCAUGUAGCCCAGAAUGUCCCGACACCUGUCUGGAGGCAAAACGCCCCUGACCCCCAGGGAGUUUCGAGCCAAGCUGCACCCGUUUCACGAGUUCAAGACACCAAUCAUGCCUCUUCAUCGAACCCGAAUGACUCUAUGCAAGCUGCUUCGCUGCACGCCGCUAUGGGACCGCUUCUAUCUCCUGUCGCCGAGAUUCGUACACCAUCGCCUGCAACUGGCCGAGCGGCCGAACCCUCCAAACUCGGACCCCACCACAAGCUUGCGCAAAACGUGCAGAUUGUCAAUGGCAAGCAUGCAGAAGCGACGUCAAAGCCUCAGAAUGGAUAUCCGAGCCGCAAUGAGAAUGGCAAACAUCAAGCUCUUGCAAACAAUACCCAUAAUUCUUGGCAGCAGGCCCCAGCAAGAAAGGGACACAAGAAGAGCAAGUCAAACACAGCGUCCAAGGGCUCACAUGCUCCAAAGACUGGUGGUGGGGAGCCUCUGCCUGCUAACGAGGCCGAUCGAAAGGGAGGAUGA